AGUGAGGGGGGAGGGGAAAGCACAGCUGGACACAGUGGAGCAUUUAGGGUGAUGAAGCCGGCCGUGGGCUGGGGGAGAUAUGUAGGUCCAGGGUGCACAUCUGAGGCAGAUUAUAGCCGAGAGAGGAAGGGGUCACAGAUUGGUGACACUUGUGAGAAUUGGCCUCAAGUCAAUGGGGCACACACCUGUGCCCCAGAAUGGAGCAGCCAGAGCCCCCACCCUGCACGGUGGUGGGGCAGGAGGAACAGGAACUUCGUGAACGGGCCUUUUUCUCAUGGGCUGAGUUCAGCCGUUUCUUUGAUGCAUGGUGUCAGCAGCGGCUGGCACUCUUCUUCGUCAAGAGCUCCAUGCACCUGGCACGCUGCCGCUGGGCCAGUGCACCCCCGCUCUACACACUCAUCGACGUGCUCAAGUACAGCUACGUUCGCCUUGUGUGCAAGGAUGUGCGCGCGCCCAGCCGGCCUGCCGUGGGGCCCCCCCAGACAGGCUGCCCAGCCUUCAUCAUCGUCAAGCUGAGCCCGCUGCGGGACCGCCUCGUGGUGACAGAGUGCCAGUUGACACACUCACACCCGGCCUGCCCGCUCGAGUUUGCUUACUACUUCCGCCCCGGCCACCUGCUGGCCAAUGCCUGCCUUCCAGUGCGCACUACCAACAGGAUCUCCAAGCAGUUCGUGGCCCCAGCGGAUGUGCACCGCCUGCUCUCCUACUGCAAGGGCCGUGACCAUGGCGUCCUGGACGCGCUGCACGUGCUGGAGGGCCUCUUCCGCACCGACCCUGAGGCCAAGGUGAAGCUGGUGUUUGUGGAGGACCAGGCUGUGGUGGAGACCGUGUUCUUCCUGACAUCGCGCACCCGGGCACUGCUGCGGCGCUUUCCGCGCAUGCUUCUGGUGGACCGGCUGCCAGGGCUGCAGGGCGCUCUGGACCUGUUGGCUGUGCUGUGUAUAGACGGGGCGGGCCGCGCGCGCCAAGCCGCCUGCUGUGUGGCACGUCCUGGUACGCCGAGCCUUCUGCGCUUUGCGCUGGCCUCGCUGCUGCAGAGCGCCCCCGACGUCAAGGGCCGUGUGCGCUGCCUCACCGCAGGGCCGGAGGUGGCAGCACAGCUGCCCGCCGUGCGCCAGCUACUCCCAGGCGCGCGUGUGCAGAUUUGUCGGGCACAGGGCCUCGAGACUCUGUUCAGCAAGGCACAGGAGUUGGGCGGUGCUGGCCUUGAGGACCCAGGCCUUUGGCCACGCCUGUGCCGCCUGGCUGGUGCUUCGUCCCCCACUGCCUAUGCAGAGGCACUGGACGAGCUGCGCGCUCACGGCCCAGCGGCCUUCAUCGACUACUUUGAGCGCAAUUGGGCACCGCGACGUGACAUGUGGGUCCGAUUCCGCGCCUUCGAGGCUGCCCGCGACCUGGACGCAUGUGCCCUGGUGCGCAGUCACCGCCGGCGUCUUCUGCGCCGCCUGAGUCCUUCGCGCAGCGUAGCGCAGUGCCUUCGCGACCUCGUGGCCAUGCAGUGGGCUGACGCUGUCGGAGAGGUGGUGCCCGAUGGCCCAGAUGGUGGAGGACCUUGGCUGGAGGGGAAGGGAACCCAGGUGGAAAACAAGGACAGGGUAACCAGAGAAGGGGGAGGGCCCCCAAAAGAAGGAAGUAUUUGGAGGGAGGUUCAGUUGGAGAAGCAGAAGGUGAAAGGGUUUGAGGGGAUUCUCUGGAGAGGGUCCCAGUUGGAGAAGGAGCAUUUGAGAGGACCAGAGAUCCGAGACUGGAGGGGCGCCCACUUGGAGAAGCAGGGGCUAAGAGGACUGGAAGGGUACACCUGGAGUGGGGGACCUCUGGAGCUGGGGAGGGCUAGGGUGCUGGAGGCCACCGACCUGAGCCGGGCCCUGAAUGAUCAGGAGAGGGCCAGAAGCACAGGGGGUGGCACCUGGAGGGGGGCUCAGGGACAUGAUGACAAGGCGAGUGCCCUGAAGACCAAGGACUGGAAGGGUCCUCUCUUGGAAACAGAGAAGGGAAGAGGGCUGGAGGUCAGAAACUGGAGGGGAUCCCACUUGGAGAAGCCCCUGGAGUUGGUCCCUGAGAAUGGAGACCAGCAGGGGUCCCAGUGGGGAGGUAAGAGGCAGAAAGGGCCAGAGAUUAAAGAGGGGGCAGGGAGACUGGGAGUCAAAAGAAGGGGUCUGGAGGGCAUAGUUUUAGUCCAGUUCGGGGACUCUCAGGAAACAGACAGGAAGAAUGGAGAUGGAAGUAGAGCCCAGUCUGGGGGCCCCGAGAGCAGAGGAGGGCCAGGGGUGGAGUGUGAGGAUACUGGAGGAAGGAGUCUAGGACUGGGGACUGAAGUCACAUGUAGCCCUCCCAGAGGGCCUGUGUUUGAGGGUGAUCCAGAAUGGGCAGCAACAAGGAGAGUAUGCCUGGCCUCAGGGCAGAGCCUGCAGGAAGCAGGUGAAGGAGGCAGCCCCCGGGAACCAAAGAGGCCUUGCUGCCCUUCUGGACAGGAGGAGGUGGACUGGGAGCCCCUGGCCAAGUUCCGAGCAGCCUGUGGGCCAGAGUUGGCAGACCUGGUAGCGGAGGAGCUGGCUUUUGCCAGGCAGCAUGGGACCCAAGGUUUCCACUGGACUGGAGCUGGCUUUGCGCUUAAGGAUGGCACCUCGGACUUUUUCUUGGAUGGUGCCCUGACACGCUGCAGCUGCUCCAUCCAUGCCGCCCAUCGUCUGCCCUGCCGCCACCUCUUCGCAGCCCGCCUCCUCACUGGGGCAGCCUUAUUCCACAUGGACCUGCUCAGGGAUUGCUGGGGGGGGGCUCCAGAGCCCUGACACCGAGGGGCAUGGCCCGCCUCCCUCCCUGCUGAGGAUGGAAGGGUAUGCUUUGAGCCCAAAGAUUAAAAGGCUAAGGCCACAUCAGUUCCUCUGGCCACUUUCUGAGUCAUCCAGGGACCUCAUCUUGACAGUGCACCUCUCGGGGUCUGAGGGGAAGUAGACAGUGGUCUCUGAGGUCCUGGAGCCACAGUUGUGGAAGGCGGUGGCGGGCAAAGGGGUCCUGAAGGCUUCCCUCAAGAGAAAAUGUGAACUGAGGUGGUAGACAGGGUGAGGCUAGGACAGAAGGAAAGGGGCAAAGCUGGGGAAAGGAGUGGACACCAGGAUCUGGUGAGACUAAGAACAAAUGAGAGAGAAAGAAGCCCAGUGAAGGAGCAGUAAGAGGAGAACUGACAACAGGGUAGACAGAAAGGAGCCACCAGCAGAGGAUAAGGCACAGAUGGACCAAAAAAAAGUAAUGUGUGUGCAAGAUAGGAAGAAGAGGGGAGGUUGGAUGUUUAAGUCCCAGAGACUUAUCUCCACUGCACAUCCUGGUUGGUCAUUCCCAAAAGAAGUGGGGUGCUGAGUCUGCUGGGAUGAAUUGGAGAGGAACCAUCUGGACUACUGUU